CUAGUGAAUUUCAUAAUGGGCUCCAUUUAGGUUUUAGUUUGUUAUUGGGUUUUCAAAGCCCAUUUCUUAACAAACCAAUUGCUGACGUCAUUAAUUUGUUUUAACGAGUCUCCCUCAUCUCUCAAUUUCGUUUCGUCGUCGGAGAUCAGCUGCCAGUCACCGCCGUGAAGGAGGUACACUGCUGUUUCUUCAGUGAAAUCGACUUCCGCUAUCUUCUUAAAAGAAUGUAUUGGUUGAUUUUGGUUUAAGAAGAAAAUGAGUUCAGAGACAAGGAGCAGGAAGAUUCUUAGUGAUCGUUUUGCUUACCGUGAUGAUCCUUAUCGAAGAGCUUCAGUUCCAAGUUUCAGCCAAAGAAGUAAUACGUGCAAUAACUGCAAGCGACCUGGUCAUUUUGCUCGAGAUUGUCCUAAUGUCUCAAUCUGCCACAACUGUGGCCUUCCUGGGCAUAUUGUAUCCGAAUGCUCAACAAAGUCGCUGUGUUGGAACUGCCGUGAACCAGGUCACAUGGCUAAUAGCUGCACUAACCAAGGCAUUUGUCACAGCUGUGGAAUUGCCGGACACCAAGCAAAAGACUGCACUGCUCGCCAGCUCCCACCUGGUGACCUUAGACUCUGCAACAACUGUUACAAGCAAGGUCACUUUGCAGCUGAUUGCACAAAUGAAAAAGCCUGCAGCAACUGCAGGAAGACGGGUCAUUUAGCCCGUGACUGCAGAGACGAUCCUGUCUGCAAUCUGUGUAACGUUUCUGGUCACUUUGCUAUAAAAUGCCCAAAAACAGAUGGGGUAGUAGGAGACCGAAGACCAUGUGGAAACCGAAGCGGCCGAACCCAGUCCGAGGACAUUGUGUGUAGGAACUGUCGGCAAGUGGGUCAUAUGAGCAGAGACUGCACGGCUCGGUUGAUGGUAUGUCGGAAUUGUGGUGGAAGGGGACACAUUGCGUAUGAAUGCCCUUCUGAAAGAUUUGGGAACAAUCAGUAUCCCUUAAGGUACUAAGCCCCACUACAAAGGGGCUUUUACUUAGUCUACAAAUCAGUUUUGUGUUUGUUUGUUAGGAAAACCAGAGUUGAUUUUGAUGUAUUUUUUUUUGGUACUUUUGGACCUGAACCAUCCGGUUAGGUUGAACCGGCUGACUUUCAUUGCGAAAAUUUUAAUUUUAUAUUUGGACUUUCAGCUUUUGAAA